AUGUCUGUUGCUUUCCGCUCCAUUGCGCCGUUUAUGCGCACGGCCCGACAGGGCCUUACCGCGAACCCCCUUCGCUCUGUCAAGACACAAAACGUUGCCAGCAUCCUCAACGCCUACCGUACAUAUGCUACUCACGACCGUAGCAAGCCCCAUGUCAACAUUGGUACCAUUGGCCACGUCGAUCACGGCAAGACUACCCUCUCCGCCGCCAUCACCAAGCGACAGGCCGAAAAGGGCCUUGCCAACUUCCUCGAGUAUGGUGCUAUCGACAAGGCUCCCGAGGAACGCAAGCGUGGUAUCACCAUCUCCACGGCUCACAUCGAGUACUCGACCGAUAACCGCCACUACUCCCACGUCGACUGCCCCGGUCACGCCGAUUACAUCAAGAACAUGAUUACUGGUGCCGCCAACAUGGACGGUGCCAUCAUUGUCGUUGCCGCCUCUGACGGUCAGAUGCCCCAGACCCGUGAGCAUUUGCUGCUUGCCCGCCAGGUCGGCGUCCAGAGAAUUGUCGUCUUCGUCAACAAGGUCGACGCCAUUGACGACCCCGAAAUGCUGGAGCUCGUUGAGAUGGAGAUGCGUGAGCUGCUUUCCACCUACGGCUUCGAGGGUGACGACACCCCUGUCAUCAUGGGCUCUGCUCUCAUGGCCAUGAACAACCAGCGCCCAGAGAUUGGCCAGGAGAAGAUUGAUGAGCUUCUCAAGGCCGUGGAUGAGUGGAUCCCCACCCCUGAGCGCCAGAUGGACAAGCCCUUCCUUAUGUCCGUUGAGGAUGUUUUCUCCAUUCCCGGCCGUGGUACCGUCGUUUCUGGCCGUGUCGAGCGUGGUAUUCUGAAGCGUGAUGAGGAUAUUGAGAUUGUUGGCAAGGGUAGCGAGCCUAUCAAGACCAAGGUUACCGAUAUUGAGACCUUCAAGAAGUCCUGCGACCAGUCUCAGGCUGGUGACAACUCUGGCCUGCUCGUCCGCGGUGUCCGCCGUGAGGACAUUCGCCGUGGUAUGGUCGUCUGCAAGCCUGGCUCUCUCACUUCGCACAGCCAGUUCCUCGCCUCCCUCUACGUCCUCAGCAAGGAGGAGGGUGGCCGCCACACUGGUUUCCACGAGCACUACCGCCCCCAGAUCUACCUUCGCACUGCCGAUGACUCCGUUGAUCUGAGUUUCCCCGAGGGCACCGAGGAUGCCUCCACAAAGAUGGUCAUGCCCGGCGACAACGUCGAGAUGGUCCUUACUCUCACGAACCCCAACGCCAUUGAGACUGGUCAGCGCUUCAACAUCCGCGAGGGUGGUAGAACCGUUGCCACUGGUCUGAUUACUCGCAUUAUGAAAUAA